AAAUUGUUAUUGUUUACUUUUGGCUGAAAUUGCAUGCAAAAUGCUGAAACUUUUUAAAAAUAAAGAAAUCUCGAAAAUUUUAACAUAUAGCUUUGCAAAAUGUCAGUUAAACCCAAAAUUUUUUCAUAGUUUUCGAUUAUCAUCCAUCGAAAGCCCUCAAAAUGAAUGUUUGAGAAUUCUUGAAAGGGAUAAACGUAGUAAGUUGGAAUUGGCCCGUCCGUUGUAUAUCAGUUCUGUUGCCUUUUCUGAUGCUGAACCUUCCGAAGAAACAGAUGACAAAGACAAAAAGGAUGUAGAUCCUUCCAAACUUAGAACAAGAGUAAUUGAUCCUGAAACCAGCAUUCGUUAUUUAAAGAGCAAAGCAUACGAAACUACUUAUGGCGAUGAACCAGUGUGGGUGAAGUACCGACGUAAUUUCAAAGGACAAUUCGUGCCAAGAAAAAGCCGGCAAACUUGCAUCAGGGGAGGAGUAAUCACUACUGGUAAUCCUUGUCCAAUAUGCAGAGAUGAAUAUUUAGUUCUCCAUUACACAAAUGUUGAUCUAUUGAAACAAUUUAUUCAUCCUGAAACUGGAGAAAUUCUUGACACUCGUAAAACUCAUAUUUGUCAAAAGAGAUUGCUACAAUUAGAAGUAGCAAUAGAAAAAGCAAAAUUUUAUGGACUUCUGAAAUAUCAAGUUCCAUUUAGAAAAUACGAUUAUAGUGAAUACUAUCCUGAUUUGAAAGAGAUGUGAUGGAUAGAUGCCUAGUAUGUGCUCACUGCAAAUUGGUAUUGCAAUAAAUUAUAAAAAGUAAUCAAU